AUGUUAACUGCUCUAUUUUUUCUACUCAAUUUAUUGCAAUUCGUCAACAGCGCGGGAAAAUGCGCCAAAUGUAUCCAACGUGGCGAAGUUUACUGUCCGGGAUUCGAUCGAUGCGGCGUUCUUCCGUUGUGCCUCCGAUGGAUUGAUGUGCGUUUGUUUUUGCAAAAAUUUUGCAUUUUCUAGACGGCAUGCGCCUUUAAAGUACGGUAGCCUGAUUUUUCUGGGGAAAAUUGCGAUUCUAAUAAGUCAAAAUUUUCACAAAACCCUGCUUUCUGCAAAAUUUUAUCGAAACAAAAGGGCUACCGUACUUAAAGGCGCAUAACGCCCACUAUCACUUUCGUGGCGAGACCCAAGCCUUUCAGAAACUCCUAAACUGUCCGGAUACCAGAAAUCUGACUGUGGCGUACGAUGAACAAUUCGCGAGGACCAAAAUGAUGCCCCUGGCGGCGGCCGCCUAUUCAGCCGACCCGAUAAAGUGUUUGAGGUGGCCCACUGACCAAUUUCUCUGAAAUUUCUCUCAAAAGUUCCAGAAAAGUCCUGCCAGAUGCGAAAGACCUGAGCACUUAUCGAGUCCGAUGUUCCUACGAAACCGAUUGUACGCUUCCUUCGUAUGCAAGUGCGCCCCACCGAACUUUCAGCGUUCUUUCACAUUUCCACCUCGUGGCUCGCCUAUUUGUUCGACGAACUCCACUGGAUCGACUACAAUCCGCCGCCGCUCAUCUCCUCCGACUGCACCGCGUUCGUCGCGAUCGAUGACGUGGCAAAAGUGGUGGUCAUGUCGUUUCGAGGCACCGAAGGCACUUUGCAGUUGUUGGAGCAAGUGCUACAAUACCACCGGUACCCGUCGAAACGCAUUUUAGGCCCGGAAAUUGAGAUUUCAGAGGGACGAAGCCGUUUUUCGAGAAUGGCCGCAUUUACGAGUACUUUUACAACGCAUUCCAUCUACUUUGGACCGGCGGCCUGGAAAAUGGAGUUCGAGAGACGUUGGCUCAGGCUCAGGAGGACUAUGAGCUCUGGGUGAGUGCUACAAUAACUAAUAACUCCAAACUCGCUCUACAGCACAUUUUUCCAAAAAAAAAAACAAAUGACCUAGAUCUCAUUCUAUUCCAGAUCACCGGCUAUUCCCUGGGCGGCGCGUUGGCCUCGGUGACCUCCUCGUACAUUGCCAAACUCGAAAUGUUCGCGCCGAACCGCACAAAACUGAUGACGUUCGGGCAGCCGCGAACCGCGGAUUACGACCACGCCGCGUGGCACGACGCCACGUUUCCGUACUCGUUCCGCGUCAUAAACGGACGCGAUCCGGUGCCGCACAUCCCGCCGAAAAUCGGACCGCUCGCCCUUUUCCACCACGGCACCGAAGUGUGGUACCCGACCGAGAUGUGGCCGCUUUCGGAGCGUCGCGUGUGCGCCGAAGCCGACGGCGACUUGUGCAGCAAUCAGAUUUUGUUGUAUAACGUCAUGGAUCACUCGUAUUAUUAUGAAGUUAACGUUGGUGAAUGGGGCGUCGGCGGAUGCGCUUGAUCGGAAUAAACUUGUUUUUGGGCUUAUUUUCAGUAGGAAUUUCGAAAAUUACAGGUUUUUUGAGCAUACAAGCAGCGUUUUGCUUCUGAAUAGUUACUGCGAAAAUCAGGCGAAUGUCCGGUUUUUCCAGGUGCAAGCCGGACACUUUUUUGUCGAUUUUCCACAGAAAUCACUCGAAAAUCGAUAAAAAUCGCCUAAAUCAUGAUUUUCCAUUGAUAACGAACCCUCUAGGGACCAUGCCGAUCUUUUGAAAGUGUAAUAAAGUUUGCAGUGUUCAGUUGAACCUUUUUAGUAGGAUUUUUUCUGGCAAAAAGACAACUUGCCCCGACAAUUAUCGAUUUUUCAGUGUUCACCAAAACUUUCUCGAUUUUGCAGGAAUUUUAAUGCAAAAAGUGACAAUCAAAUCGGCUGGAUCUUGCGGGCCGUGUGCAAGCGCGCUCCACAGAAAUUGACCCACCCGGAAGGGGCGAACCGAUUCCGGGGACCGCGUUGUGCGUCACCGACACUGGCCGAAUGACGACGACCGCAGAGAAUAGUGUGGAAGGUACGUUUUGAGGCUGAAAACUGAUAUUAUCCUUCUUCUAGAACGACAGCAGCACACGUCGAAGCACAUGGAAAUGGAGAUGAACGCGCCGGACGGAAGAGCACAGAAGGAGCAGAAGAAGGAAGAAGAAGAAGAAGAAGAAGGAGAAGAAGGAGAAGAAGAAGACGUGGAAAUGACAGAAGAAGAAAGGGUAGAGGAAGAAAGCAGCGAAGAAGAGCAAGAACCUGUCCGGGUGAGUACUUCUAGAGACGGAGAAAGAAGAGAAUAUUAUCGGAAUCGAAAAAUAUCGUCCUAUCGAUUUUUGCAUUCAAAUCGCGAAAUUUAUAUAAAAAACUGCAAAAAUCGGCCGAAAUUGCUCAAUUUUCACGUGGCCUUUGGCGCAAUGACAACGUUUUCAGAGAAUCAAGCAUUUUUCGACCAGUUUCGCAUUGAAUUGGCUAUAAUUUUCUUAAAGCAAACAACUCUGACCCACUCCCACUUGCACAGGCAAAAUUAGUGAAAGAAACAGUAAAGAUUCGUAGAAAUUGAAGAAAUUUAGGUUUGACUUUAAUUGCGAAAAGAAAAAGAAAAACUAAAACUCGGAAAUCAUUGAAAAACGGCCGUAAAAAUGCACAAAAAUUGUGUGCUGAGCCUAAACCAAACAUAUUUUAAAAAACUGUCAAAACUUCCAGAUGGAACGCGUAAAACGAGCGUGUGCAAUCGCGACGGAGGCGAUGAAAGAGGAGGCGAAACGGGCGAAACGGUCGCUGACCCUCGAGGGCUCGAACUGUGUGCUCCGACUCGGAAACUGCAAGACGUCCGUGACGGGCGGCCACCGACUGAGCAGCACCGAAGCCUGCUGUGCCUCGUGUUUCAUGACCACUUUCCGCGGAAGAGACUACGAGAACGGCUUUCUGAUUUGGAAGAAGAAGGCGAUGGACGGACAGACGCACAUCCGAUCCGAACAGUUCGUCAAACGAUUUGUGAAUGUGAGUCGAUUCUGAAAAUGUUCGGUUUUAAACUGUGGACACGGUCUCCAGAGCUGACAAUGGGCGCAAGUGCGCCCGCCCAAUAGAGCGAUACAUUGGCGCGAAAUUCAAAUUUUAACAGCAAAAUUUGUGUUUUUUGCCAGAUUAGCCACGAAAAACCGAUAAUUUCUCAUUUGUCUCUCUCGAUAGACCGAUUGUAUAGGCUAUUACGAAUUUUUUAAGCGAAAAAGCGUCAAAUUUGGUCAAGUCGCAAAUCACAUUUAUCCGUUUGAAGGUUUUUCGCUAAAACUGCGUGAAUUUCAGUUGCUUUUCGGUAAUUUUCGCGGUUCGAGCGCUCAAAAUGCUUGUAUUUACGUGAUUUAUCAUUCUCAAAACCAAUUCUGUCGGAAAACGGUCAAGAAAGCGCAAAAUGAGAAGUGCGGUUUUUAGGCGGCGAUCGGCGGCGAAGACGAAAAUGCAAAGUCCGCGAAAAAUGCGCCAAAACGUCAUUCAUUCUGAGAAUUAGUGUGUUUUCAUGUCGAACAAUCAUUUUUCAUCGCCUUUGACCACAAAAAUCAGAGAAAACGUUCUCAAUUCAUGAAAACGUCAUUUGGCCGCCGAGUCCACGCCCAUAUUGUCAGCUCUGGAGACCGUGACUGUCCAAACUUUUAAAACCGGAGAAAAAAUGUCGGGACGUAUUAAAGAAAGCGUUGUUUUCUUCAAAAUGAAACUAUUUUCUUGAAAAUCACUUCUUUCGACAAAGCGCACUGUUUUCAGCACAAAUGUUCGUUAUUUUCAGAGUCAAUUCCUGCCCUACUACAAAAAGUGUUCGGAAUGCGGAAAGUACACGUCGGAAGUGACGGCCGACAGUCUCUCCGCCCGCCAGCUCGCCUCUUUCCGCUGCGAGAACUGCGAGAGCACCGACGAGGAGGCGAUCAUCGAGAAAGUGCGUCGGAACACGAACUGGUACGCCAACGACUUUGGCCACCCGCCGCUUCUGCAGAACAACGUGAGCUACGACCUGCUCGUGGAUCACUACGUGACGCGCACUUCCGGAAUGGACGCCACGUGUCAGGAGAAGGCCGAAUUGAUCGAGGACGGCGGAGUGGCGUUCAGAGACACCCGCAAGAUUAUGAACAUGUUCUACGUGCCGUUCACCGACGUCAUCGCCAACAUUGUACACCCCGAGUUCAUGGAGACCGACGAGAAAUUCGCGUUUCCCAAAUUCGCCGACGAUCCCUGGUCGAUCUACUAUCUUCAAGUGCGCAACACGAUCAUAGCCAUGUGGCUGAAGCACCCGUUUGUAAGCCAUUUUCAACAUCAUUUUGAAAAAAAUGAACAUUCUCACAAAAUGUUUCUGUUUGAUGGCGAAACGCAAUUUUCAAACGAUUUUAUUAUCGCACCAAUUCAUUUUCAGGUGGAACUAACCGUCCGAAUGGUGGAAUCUCAAAUAAUCGUGCGCGGCCACGCACGGAUCUUCUUCAUCGAACACCUCAUUCAGCCGAUUCUCGAGUUUUUGACGAUCAAAGGAGUCGUCAAUUAUGGCGCGUUCGAUUUUCGCAUCGAACCCGUCAGAACGAAUGCGGUGAGAGCGCAAAAGUGGAAUCGAUUAGCAAGAAAAAAAAGACAACAGCAAUAAUAAUACAAGUGCAGAACGGAGAAGACGGGAAUGUGACAUGA